AUGGAGCCGCCAGCACUCCCCGCUGGGAAGCCUGUGCUGGGGGGAGAGAAGUGCCGUCCUGUUUCUGGGGGAGACAGCACCCGCUGCAGGCUGACCCUGGUCUCUAUCCUCCUGGGUGCCAUCACGGCCAUCUGUGGUGGGAUGCUGAUGGGCUUCCUGGGAAAGCAGGAGUUCCUGGCAGAACACCUGGUGGAGCUGCAGGGCCUCCGCUAUGAGAGCAGCCUGCAGUGCCCAAACUCCAACUAUCACCGCACCUUGACCCCCGUCCUGGAGAGGCUGUUCAAAAGCAGCUUUCAGAACUCAGCCCUGGAAGGGACCUGUGCCAAGUGCUCCGUCUUGCAAUACAGGAAGGGCAAUGCCAGCAUCCUGGUCCACUUCCGCCUAUGGUUCUCCUCGCAGCCGCUCAGCCCAGACGCAGAAGAGCAGGCGCUGGAGAGGGGCCUGGCAGCUGCGCUGGGCAACAGAGGAAUCACCCUGCCCUCCUACGGCAUCAUCUGGGCAGCCUCUCUCACAGGUAGCAUGGAAUCAUCCCUCGCCCAUCGACUGAAAUCAGGCACCUGCCCAGGGACGGCCUUCACCUGCCACAGCGGCCAGUGUGUGCCACGUGAGAAUGUGGAGUGCGAUGACCGGAGGGACUGCCUGGACGACUCUGAUGAGGCAGAGUGCGACUGUGGGUCUCGGCCGGCCAUGCAGGCAGCCAACCGGAUUGUUGGGGGGUCAGAGGCCACCCGGGGGGAGUUCCCCUGGCAAGUCAGCCUGCGGGAGAACAACGAGCACUUCUGCGGGGCCACAAUCCUGGCUGCCAAGUGGCUGGUGUCUGCAGCGCACUGCUUCAACGAGUUCCAGGAUCCGGGCACCUGGACGGCCCAUGCAGGCACUGUCUGGCUGAGCGGCAGCGAAAGCAGCGCAGUGAAGGCUGGCGUGAGCCACAUCCUCAAGCACCCCUCCUAUGACACAGACACGGCCGACUACGAUGUAGCGCUGCUGGCGCUGUCUGAGCCAUUGCCCUUCGGCAAGUACGUCCAGCCCGCCUGCCUGCCGGCCUCCAGCCAUAUCUUCCCCUCUGGCAAGAAGUGCUCCAUCUCCGGCUGGGGUUACCUCAAGGAGGACUUUUUGGUGAAGCCAGAGCGGCUGCAGAAGGCCGUGGUGGAGCUGUUGGACCAGACACUAUGCGCCAGCCUGUACAGCAACGCCAUCACCGACCGAAUGCUGUGUGCCGGAUACCUGGAGGGCAAGGUCGACUCCUGCCAGGGGGAUUCUGGGGGCCCACUGGUCUGCGAGGAACCCUCGGGCCGCUUCUUCCUGGCCGGAAUCGUCAGCUGGGGCAUCGGCUGUGCGGAGGCCAGGCGCCCAGGUGUCUAUGCCCGGGUCACCAGGCUGCGGAACUGGAUCCACGACACCAUGGCCACGUUCACGGCCCCACCAGGCCCCACCCUCCCCACGACGGCCUCCACCACCCUCCUCCCCCUGGCAGCCACCAAGGGCACCAGCACCACUGGCAAACCCCUACCCAGCCCCACCACGGCCGGGGGCAAGCCAGCUGCCACGCUACCACGGCCCCAAGAGUGCGGCCGCCGGCCUGGCUUCUCCAAGCCCAUCAAGAUAGUGGGUGGCCUGGAUGCCUCUCGCGGGGAGGUCCCCUGGCAGGUCAGCCUGAAGGAGGGGCUGAACCACUUCUGUGGGGCCACCAUCAUCGGGGACCGGUGGCUCCUUUCAGCUGCCCACUGCUUCAACCACACCAAGGUGGAGUACCUGACAGCCUUUGCAGGCACCACCUGGCUGUCGGCGGCAGAUAGCAGCUCUGUGAAGGUGAGCGUGAGGCAGGUGGUGCGGCACCCCUCCUACAACCCGGCCCUGCUGGACUUUGACGUGGCUGUCCUGGAGCUGGAGCGCCCCCUCCCCUUCAGCAAGGUCAUUCAGCCCAUCUGUCUCCCUCUGGCCGUCCACAAGUUCCCUGUGGGCAGGAAGUGCAUGAUCUCCGGCUGGGGGAGCCUCCAGGAAGGCAAUGCCUCCAAGCCAGAGAACCUCCAGAGAGCCUCUGUGGGAAUCAUUGACCAGAAAACCUGCAAUGUCCUCUACAACUUCUCCCUGACAGAGCAGAUGAUCUGUGCUGGGUUCCUGGAUGGGAAGGUUGACUCCUGCCAGGGCGACUCAGGGGGCCCCCUGGCCUGUGAGGAGACGCCAGGUGUGUUCUACCUGGCGGGGCUGGUCAGUUGGGGGGGCGGCUGUGCGCAGGCCAGGAGGCCCGGCGUCUACGCCCGCAUCACCAAGCUCAAGGCCUGGAUCCUGAAAACUAUCUCACCAUGCCCCAGCACCACAACCAAUGCCGUGACCACAUCCAGCACCACAACCAAGGCCACAACCAGUGGCAGCGCCUCCUCCUCCUCCCCCAGCCUGCCUUUGGCUAGUCAAAGCACCACCGAGGCCAGCCCAAGCACCAGCCUCAGGGCCACCCCCAGCACAGCCAGGCCAGCAACCAACACUCCGAGAGCCACCCAGUUUGCAGACUGCGGCUUGACCUCGGCCUUGGCUUUCAGCAAGAUCGUGGGGGGCAGUGGCGCAGCACGAGGGGAGUGGCCGUGGCAAGCGAGCCUGUGGCUGCGGAGGAAGGAGCACAAGUGCGGGGCGGUGGUGGUGGCUGACCGCUGGCUUCUCUCGGCUGCCCACUGCUUCGAUGUCUACAGCGACCCCAGGAUGUGGGUGGCCAUCCUGGGGACACCCUUCCUGAGCGGCCUGGACGGGCGGGUGGAGAAGGUCUUCCGGAUCCACAAGCACCCCUUCUACAACAUCUACACGCUGGAUUACGACGUGGCGCUCCUGGAGCUGGCCUCCCCGCUGAGCUUCACCAACACGGUCAAGCCUAUCUGCCUGCCGGACCAAGCCCACCUCUUCGGCCAGGGUGCCCGCUGCGUCAUCACCGGCUGGGGCUCCACCAAGGAGGGAGGGCUGAUGGCGAGGCAGCUGCAGAAGGCAACUGUCAACCUCAUCGCCGAGCAGGACUGCCGCCGCUUCUACCCUGUCCAGAUCAGCAGCCGGAUGGUCUGUGCUGGGUUCCUGCAGGGGUCUGUUGACAGCUGCUCCGGUGAUGCCGGCGGCCCCCUGGCCUGCAAAGAGGCUUCGGGAAGGUGGUUCCUGGCGGGCAUCACCAGCUGGGGCUACGGCUGCGCCCGUCCUUUCUUCCCGGGGGUCUACACCCGAGUGACAGCUGUGCGGAGCUGGAUCGCACAGAACCUCAAGGCGUGACUCAGGGAGGAGGCAGGGAAGUGGGGCCUGGCCGGAGGAUGGAAAAGCAACUCUCCUUUGGA